AUUGUAGCUUUAUCGGCUUGGCCACUGACUUCAUCCAUGCGCCAGGCGCCAUCACUGCGUUUCACGGUAACACAAGGCCUGAAGAGAGCGUCGUUCAUUCUUUCCCAACGUUACACGCGUCCAUGCGGCAUGCCCAAGCUAGGGCUUUUAUUACACACAACUGUAGUCUAGAAGAGACUCUAUUUUCUUCAUUCCAUUUUGAAAAAAUUCCCCCUAAAACUCACUCUUUCAAGUAUAGACGACGAAGACGACGAAGGAGAAGCAGAAGAAAUGUCGAUGUCAAACAUCAGCAUGAUUCCAGAUAAGAUCUGCUCAUUAAUCAUAUCAAGGUUACCAGUUAGAUCUGUAUUAACCUGUAAGUGUGUUUGUAGCAGUUGGUUAAACCUAAUUUCUACUCCUGAUUUCGUUGAAAUGCAUCUUAAUUUCCAUAGGGAAAACUCCACUAGUCUUAUGCUUGGAGGUAAACAAGAAGAUAAGAGUGAUGUAAUAUACUCAAUUGGUUAUCAUUCAUUAGCAUCUUCGUUAUUGACUCAAAUUGAAGAUAAUAACAAGAAUAAUGAUGUUGAAGAUAGUAAUACUUCUGUUGAAAUGGAGCCAGUGAAUCUAAGUGGGAUUGUUCGAAUGGAUUAUCCAUUCAAGUAUCUAGGUCUUACCGUAGAUUUAUUUGGUUCCUGUAACGGUUUGGUUUGCUUAUGGUUUCAUGAUGAUUAUUGUGAUGAUAGCCAGCAAUUCUUCUGUCUCUGGAACCCAGCGACCAAAGAAUACAAGAAGAUAUCUCAGGCACCAAAUAAAUUUACUUACUUCCAUAUCAAACUUUACGCUUUCGUUUAUGAUCUCAGUGCCAAGGAUUACAAGUUUGUAAUUGUUGUACAUUCUGAGAUUAACUCUUUAGUCCACGUCUAUUCGUUAGCAUCAGAUGCAUGGACAACCAUUUUAACAACACCUUUUAAGUUUCCUUUUGUACGUAAAUCUGGGGUACUUGUUAAUGGAGAACUUCAUUGGUUAGCUAUGGUGCGAAACGAAUACUGCAUAGCCUCUUUAGACAUCAACAACAAGAUAUUCAAAGAAAUUCAACUACCAUCAGAAACUUUAGAGCUUAUUACUAUGGGAGUGUUGGAAGGGAACCUUUGCAUACUUGUUGAAGGUGGUUUUCAUGUGAUUGAAGUAUGGGCAAUGCAGGAUUAUGGAAUUCGAGAAUCCUGGACCAAGCGCUAUACCAUCACCCAUGAGAAAAUUACUAAGAAAAUUACUCAGCGCACCUCUUAUUUGAAGUUUAUGUGGUAUUUUGAUAAUGGUGUGAUUCUUUUCACGCAUUGGGGUAAGCUAGUUUUGUACGACCCAAAGCAUGGAAGUGCAGUUGAACGAAGUAUGAAUAGCUUAUUGCACAUCAUGUCAGAAGAGAACUAUUCUGAAAGCUUAGCUAUUUUGAACUCUGGUACUUAUGUCGGAGGACGAACAACAAAUAAAGUUUACACGGAGGUUCAGAUUCUUAGGAAUAGAAACUCCAUGCUUGAAGCACGUAACACCGAACUUGAGGCAAUUCAUGCAAAACGUGAAGCAAGUCAUGAUGCACUUGAAGCACGUAAUGCACAACUGGUAGCUAGUAAUGCCGAAUUACAGAGGGAGCUCCAGAAGUGUCAAGUAGCAUAUAAAGACCUACAAAAGCAUGUUGCUGCUCAGAAAGAAGCAGAGGAGGGUAAAAAAGUGGAGGAAGAAGUAGAAACUGUUACAACCAAGUCAAAGGGUCGAAAGAGGAAGGCGGAAACUCAAUAUAACACUAGGAAGGCCUCGAAAGCAGUUGCAACAAUAUCAUCUAGAUCCCGAGAAAGCACAAAUGUCGCAGAUGAGAGUCUUAUUGUGCAGCAAAUGGCGGAGGAAGAGCAAGUUAACCUCCUUCCAUCGGCAGCUGGUGUGACUUUAAAGCCUUACCAAACUAAAGAGGGAUCUGGGACUCUCUCCACUUCCAAGGACUCCUACCAAAAGAUGACUGUAGAAAAGCUGCGUGCCCUUCUAAAGGAAAGAGGUUUGAUGGUGAAAGGAAAGAAGGAUGAGCUGAUUGCACGUCUCAGAGGUAAAUAGAACAAUUGCGUUACAUUUCAAUGUAGGCCUCCAGGGUAUCACGUAUCAACAGGCAUACUUGGUGCUGGAAUUGGGUCAAUUCCGCAAUAUGUUAGGUUUCAACUCAGUGUAUUGAGCUUUGAUGAAUUCCGCACACGGAGUUGAGCUGGCUUAUAAGACUACGUUUUUGUUUUCUCUUCGAUCUUUAAAGAAGAGACCCAUAAAGAUUUGAGACCAAGAACGCGUUUACAGUGAAAAAGUUUACAAG